GAUUUUCCAUGUAAACGGUUUAUUCAAUUGAAAAAGAGUAAAACUGAUCAACGAUUUUUACGGUUACGCAUGGGUUAAGUAAAAGUACUUUACAGCUACAAUGUGCAUUUAUGAACGCUGAUGUGCAAUUUUUGAUCGCUAGGCAAGUAAACAAGUCUUGGCAUACAAAACAAGUGCAUUAAAUUUGUUUCCCAAAAAUUGAAGUUUCUUAUAAAAAUGAAUCGGCAGUGGUUACGAGCUUUGGCCUAUUUACGGAAAAGAAAGAUAAAUGGAAACCUAAUUGCACCUGUUUGCAAAAUUUCUUUAGCAGAAACGAACAAUUUUCAUUUUCGAAGCUUAACUUUAUUUCAAACAUUCAAUCACAUCAAAUUUAGUCCUGCAGUUUGGUUAAAUCAUUAUAUGCAAACAAGAAAUAACAGUAAUGAGUCUAAUGAUAAUGACAAGAAGCCAAAGAAGAAACCAACCACGCUAAUGAACUUCGUACCUAUAAUGCGUCCACAAUUUUUUUUGACUAUUAAGAAUUGGAUUUUUACAAAAUUUAUCAUACAGCCUUACUUAGAUGGAGAUUUCACUUUGAAAGAUUUCACUAAUGGAGCUAAACAGGCUCUCAGUAUUGCAUCAUCCUUUUUAUCACAAGGCGAUUUCCAGUCAUUGCAAGGCCUUGUAGCAGAUGAUGCAAUAUCUGAAAUAAAGAAAAACUUUUGCUCAUUGAAUGUUAAAGAAAGACAAGACUUGCUGGUGAAAAUUACAGACAUUUUGUUUGCCUUUCCUUUUCAAAUUGGAAUUAUAUUUGAUGAUGAUAAUCAGAAAAGAUUUGCAGAAAUAACAGUUGUUUAUCAUUGCCUGAAUGAUUUCGAAGAGAUGAAAGCACAAGGUAAAAUGUUUGAUGAAAAAUCUAAAGAGGACAUCAAAAUAUGUAAUUAUAGGUUUAUUAGAGAAUAUACUAAAGGGGUCAAGAGUGAUUGGACAAUAAAUAGAUUGGGACAUUUUAAACUGAGUCAUUUUGAAGACUAAGCCAUUUAUUUAUAUAACUUUAUGUUUGCUAAAUUAGAUAUUGUUCGAAAUUUAAAUAAAAAUGUACAUAGUUCUGUGAA